AUGAGCCGAGAAUGGGCCGAUCAAGAGAAGGAGCAUCUGAAGACCUCUAAGAUGUACGAGCUGCCGUUUGUGGUGCCCCUCCCGAACAAGCGUGAAGAAACCGUUCUUGAUGGGAUCGCGUUCAUGAUUACCCAGAUCCAGGCCCUUGGGUAUUGCGUGACUCGGCUCCACAGUGACCGAGGCAGAGAGUUCUGCAACAAGCGUCUCCGCUCGUUCCUCCGCCAUCGAGGGAUCUUCAAGACCACUAGCGAAGGGGGCCAUUAUCAGCAGAACGGGCGAGUUGAAGGCAUGAUCAAUCGGAUCAAAAGACAGGCAAGGGUACUGAUGACGGCAGCUUCUGUGGAACAUCGGUACUGGCCGUUCGCCCUGCAACAUGUUGCCGCCAGGAUGAGGUUAAUGAUAACCACGACCUUGCUCACCGAAGUGAUGCACCCAACCGAGCCAGUUCCCAGUGAAAAGGGGGACAUGCAACCUCUGCACAGGGACCUACCGAUAGAUGAACGACCAGUGCCCAUCAUCUCCCACCGCAUUCCUACCAAACGCACCGUUCGGAUGGUUCGAGAGGUCUCACCCGUGUUGCAGGAGGAGGAUGCUGAAGCCCUCCGGUUAGCCCGGAACCCCGGGACGUCUCUUCAAGAGCUUCGAGAUCAUGUUCUCGGGAGCCGUUGGAUGAGAACUGCGCGCCCAAGGAGCCGAGGUGAAGUGUUCCAAGGGGGACAUACCCAUACCUUGGGAUUUUUCCGCCAUGGAGGAGUGUUGGGCAUCACCGCAGAGUGUCGUCUGUUUCCAGGCUUCGUGGCGUUGUUGUCCCGCCUUGUGAAGGAGUGUGCCCCUGAAGCCAGAUGGACCACCCUAGCCCUCCUUGUGGAUGUAGACUCAGCUGUGCACCGAGAUAAGAACAACCUGCCAGGGUAUAAUAAUGUCCUUGUGCCCCUAUGCAUCCCGAAGGUGGGGGGAGGUGUUUGGUGCCAGGCUGAAAAGGGGGAAGACCAGAGGUGCUUGAAUAAUGGAAAGAUGAUUGCAGGGGAACUGUGGCCGCUGCAGGUGUUGGUGCCUUUUGAGUUGGAUCCACGCAAGUUUCAUGCUUCGCAGACAUGGUCGGAAGGAUCACGUGUGGUUUUAGUGGCCUAUAGCCUAACCGCCAUUCAACGUGCAGAGCAAAAUACGGUGUGGAGGCUGAGGCAGGCCGGUUUCCAACUGCCUCGAGAGGCGCCUUCGGAAGUGAAGCAAGACUGUGGUUGCGUAGAACGGGAACCCACGGUUCAGGUCGAGGAGUUAGGUGCGGCGGCCCCUCUGGAAAAGGGUUGCCCUCGAGUUGCCAAGCUCGAUACCAACGACCGAGCGGACGUCGCUGUGCCGACCCCCGUCUGGAGACAGAGGUUCACCGUGUUGGAUGAUGCUCAAGCUGAGCGUGCAAGGAGACAGGGAGUAAUGAGACCGCGUUCUGAGUGGCGAGAAAUUCGGGUUGGGCCGCACUAUGGUGAUUUAAAUCACGUCAGGGAUAGGCCCCUUUCAGCGUUUGCCCUCUCGAUGUAUUUGGCUAGGAAUAGGUCCUGGGAAGAGACUCCGCUGCUUGAGGUGAUCUGGGGAGGUUAUGAAAACCCGGUGCCAUGGUUGUUUGGGUUUCAGCCGUACGGUUUGACAGAGCGCAACACCCAGUUUGAGCUCGACCGGUUGGGAGAAGUUCACAGUAUGGUGAGGAUCGGAUACGAGGAUGCACCCAAUCUGCAUGGGUACCUGUUCCGAGCGUCCUUUGGGGAUGAAGAGCCUAAGUGGUACUUCAUUGAGUCAAUGAUGACCUUGGAGGAUCGGUUUUUGUCUGCCGAGGCUGUGGGACGAGAUCCCAUUCCCAAUCCUCAGCAUCACCCGGGGCACCCACCUCGAGUACCACGCUCCGAGAGCCAGGGAUUUGUCGAGGGCCGAGUGCACCAAGGCAUCAGGAUGUCGCACCGGGGGGAGAGUGACUUCGCCCGGGAGGUCGAGCAGGCAGAGGCGGAGAGGCAAUUGGCAAAAGAGCGCGAAACAGAAGGCGAUGCCAGCGAAGAGGAGGGACGAUCCGAUGACGAUGUGGUGGCCGGAGAUUGGGAGGAUCUAGAAGGGGAACGAAUAGAGGAAGGAGCUCACUUCUUUGAGGAGGAGUACGAGGGUCUUCAAAGGGCAGUCAAGCCGCUGAGUGAAGCGACGUUGGAACAGUGGAGGCGUGAAGGUACCCCAUGUGAGGUGAUACCAGCCAAGGUUAUCUGCAGCAUCAAGGCGCCCAAGGGGCGUCGCAAGGUGCGAUGCGUGUGUUGCGGAAACUUUGCCCGCAGCGACCGCUGGUCGCGAGCAGACACCUACUCCGGAGGGAUCGACGCCGUUACCCUGCGAACGCUGCUGAGGUUCGCAGGGCUUAGGAGGCUUGAUUUGGGGAUCAUAGAUGUCAAGCAGGCAUUCCUCUCAGCACCGUUGUUGUCAAACGGGGUGCAGAUCGUUGUCAUGACCCCCGCCAUGUUCAGACGACACGGGAUAUGCGAGGAAAAGUAUUGGUCUGUGCAUCAAGCCCUGUACGGGCUGACUAUCAGUCCCCGCAGCUGGUCCGUACACCGGGACGGAACCCUCAGUGAGCUGCGUUUCGACAUUGAUGGUGCCCCAGUCAGGAUUUGCCCGAUGACCAGCGACCCGAACAUUUGGACCGUGUACCGUGAGGAAGACAACAGUGUCGUUGUGUACCUUGCGCUGUAUGUCGAUGACAUGUUAGCGGUUGGGGAAACUUCACAUGUCAGCCAGACCUUGGACAAGCUGUGUCAGGUCUGGAAAUGCACCGAGCCCGCACUGCUCUCCGAGACCGGGUCGGUUACCUUUAACGGGUUCGAGGUGUCUUCGGGUUUGGAUG